AGAAGAAGCUGUUUGGACACAGCUGACCGCUGCCUGCGAGAAGAAAUCAAACCACCAGGCUAGGCUAGCAGGACAGACAGUUAGCGGCGCAGAGAGCAGCGGGCAGCGGAUGUAAACUCAGAGGGAACCGCGGAGACAACACAAGGACCAGGUCUAAACCUCCAGAGAUGCGGACGUUGAGUGUCGUCUCACCGCAAGCUAACGUUAGCUUUGUCCCGACACACAGGGACUGAUCUCUGUGGCAAAGACGACAGAUAAAACGGCGACAUCAACAGGAACGGGUUAGCUUAGUUUCAAUGUUAUUGUUAAUUAAACCCCACAUAUUAUGGUCACGAUGUACAACUCUGGAAACCUGGUUUGGGAUGUAAAUAAACGUUUAAUUGGAUACAACGAGCCCAACAUCAUCAGGACCAACUAUUUAGGUAGAAAAGAAUUUGUCCAGAGACUGAAGCUUGAAGGGACACUGAAUGUACACGAUGGCUGUGUCAACACUAUAUCCUGGAACGACACGGGUGAAUAUCUCUUGUCGGGGUCGGACGACACCUUUUUGGUUAUCUCCAACCCAUACAACAAGAAGGUCAAGAAGUCCAUACGCUCCGGUCACCGGGCGAAUAUCUUCAGCGCUAAGUUCAUGCCCCACACCAACGACCAGGAGAUCAUCUCCUGCUCCGGAGACGGCAUCAUCUAUUACACCAACACAGAGAAGAGUCCUGAGCACAACAGACAGUGUCAGUUCACCUGCCACUAUGGGACAGCUUAUGAGAUUAUGACGGUACCAAAUGACCCCUACACGUUUCUGUCGUGUGGGGAGGACGGCACGGUGCGAUGGUUUGACCUCCGCACGAAGACCAGCUGUACGAAAGAAGACUGCAAAGAUGACAUUCUGAUAAACUGUCGACGGGCAGCGACCUCGAUAUCCAUCUCUCCUCUGGUGCCGUACUACCUGGCCGUCGGCUGCUCUGACAGCUCGGUGCGGAUCUACGACAGACGCAUGCUGGGAACCAGAGCCACAGGUAACUACAUGGGCCGGGGAACGACGGGCAUGUGUGUGAGGUUCGUCCCCGCUCACCUGUCCAACAAGUCGUGCCGCGUGACGUCUCUCUGCUACAGCGAGGACGGUCAGGAGGUGCUGGUCAGCUACUCCUCUGAUUACAUCUACCUGUUCGACCCCAAAGACGACCAGGCCCGAGAGCUGAAGGGCCCGUCUGAGGAGAGGAGGGAGGAGCUGAGGCAGCCUCCCGUGAAGCGCCUCCGCCUGCGGGGGGACUGGUCUGACACUGGACCCCGCGCUCGCCCUGAGAGCGAGAGGGAGAGAGACGGAGAGCAGAGCCCCAACGUGUCUCUGAUGCAGAGGAUGUCGGACAUGUUGUCUCGUUGGUUUGAAGAGGCCAGCGAAGCUCAGAGCAGCAGAGGAACUCGACCGCAGACACGCCCCAGAGGAACCGAUGUGCGUCCAGAGGGUGCGUCGAGUGCUCCUGCUGCCCCUGCAGGAGGCUCCAGUCAGGAGGCCAGCGUUCCAGCGAGGCCUGCAGAGUCUAACCCCCCGGAGGAACCAGCCGGACCUGCAGCCGCUGUCGCCGCCACCUCCUUGCCUAAACCCACCUCCUCUUCAUCCUCAGGGUCGUCAUCAACAGUGACAGCACCUCCUCCUUCCAGCUCCUCUUCAGUGGAGAGUGCAGUCCCUUCCUCCUCUUCCCCCGUCACCCCCUCAACUGAUUCAGAGCAGAGGAGUCAGGCCGACACGGCCGGGACCCCGACGCCCACACCCGCUCUCUCAGAGUACGGUCCUCAACGGCUGCCUAUAAGUUUAGUGUGUAGGCGUUUGCAGAGGUUACUCCGGCUGGCCGACCCGCCAGGAAUGGGUCAGCGGGCGGCCCGUUCUUCUUCUUCUUCUCCUUCUGCCUCUUCCUCCUCUCCUUCCACCUCAGCCCCUGAGAGACAGUCACAAAGAGCUGCCACAUCUUCCGCUGCUGAGAUUCAACCCCUCACAGAUUCCCCCUCGUCUGUGGUAAACAAACAGCUGGGAUCCAUGACUCUUGACGAACAGCAGGGGGCAACAGAAGCUGCAGGUUCCCCUCCUGAUCAACCUGUUUCUGCACCGGUUAACGCUCCCACUACCUCCACCACCUCCACAGCCUCCUCCUCCUCCUCCACCUCCACCUCCUCCACCCUGAGCAGCACCAGUCGACCCAGUGCAGCAGAGCCCGUCCUCAGCCUGCACUACAGCUCCGAGGGAACCACCACCAGCACCAUCAAGCUGGACUUCACUGAUGAGUGGAGCAGUAGCACAUCCAGCUCUAUGGGCAGCGGAGGUCCCAAAAGAUCUGAAGCGGUUUCUGCACCGAGCAGAGAGAUUCUGUCCACGGAGAGUUCAGCGUCAGAGCAAACUCCCUCCGUGUCCUCGGGGCAGCAGAGUGUCGCGGCCGCCUCGACAGAUCCUCCGUGUGGGGCCUCGUGCUCCGGGGCCUCGACGACCUUGUCAGCCCCAGCAGCCGGAUCCUCUCAGGGUGACACUGUGGCUACUUCAGGGGCGGAGAGGAGUGGACCGGUGGGCACGGAGGACACGACGGGUGGCUGCAGGAGAGCGGAGCCCAGAGGGGAGGAGGGCGAGGAGGGCCAGAGUCAGCCUGCACGCCCUCACCAGGACUCUGACGACAGCGACGACGAUCCCAUUCUCAUCCCAUCCACGAGGUUCAGGGGUCAGGGCCAGAGAUUAAAUUCCAGAGGAUCUGCAGUAGGAGAUAGGAUGAUCAGACGCUCGGCAGCCGCUCGUAUCCAGGAGCUUUUCCGCAGGAGGAAAGAACGAAGGGAGAUGGAGGAGAGCGAGACCCAGAAUAUCAGGAGACCCUCGGUCAAGCAGGUCUACAAAGGCCAUCGCAACUCCAGGACAAUGAUAAAGGAGUCUUGUUUUUGGGGCAACAACUUUGUGAUGAGCGGCUCAGAUUGCGGCCACAUCUUCAUCUGGGACAGACACACGGCGGAGCACCUCAUGCUGCUGGAAGCCGACAACCACGUGGUGAACUGCCUGCAGCCGCACCCCUACGACCCCAUUCUGGCUUCUUCAGGGAUUGACUACGAUAUCAAGAUUUGGUCGCCUCUGGAGCAGGCGGCAUCUUUCAACAGAGUCCUCGCCAAUGAGGUAAUCACUCGAAAUGAGCUGAUGCUAGAGGAAACCAGAAACACAAUCACAGUCCCGGCCUCCUUCAUGCUCCGAAUGUUGGCCUCCCUUAAUCACAUCAGAUCAGACCGACUAGAAGGGGAUCGCUCCGAAGGUUCGGGACAGGAAAAUGAGGAUGAGCAGUAGCCUGCUGGUGUUUUGUUUGAAAGAAAAAAAAACUAUUCUUCUUGCUGUAUAGCACUUGAAAAAAAAACCCCUGAGAUUUGUACAAGUAUAGUGUAGAAUACUUCCUUUUGAAAGCUAGUGUAAUUUCUAGGCCCCCUGUGUUUUUUUUAUGACUUUCUUACUGAUGUUUCUGUAUGAGGAUAAUCUACAUCUGUGUGAAUGCAAAAGGCAAAGGACGUCAGUAUAUAUAUAUAUUAUGUGUGAGAAUAAUGGCGGCUGGAGUGCAAGGAUGUUAAGUGCAAUAUUAUUUUGUUAGGAGAAAGUGGGCUUUGAUCAGUGUUAACGUGUGACAUUUUGAAUUUGUAGCACAACGCUAAGAAAUGUUGAUGUGCUGCUGCGGCAGUUACGCAUGUAAACAAGGACUUUAAGUAAAAACAUACUUGGAGAACGCUUUAAUUUUAUUGCUGAAGAGAAAACAAAAAGAAGCCGUGGUUCUUCUCCCUGAAGGGACAUGUUAAUACAUUUUAAUCUUUUACAGAAUUUGGAGAAGAAAAUAAAGCUAUGGCAUCUCAAAGAUGUCUGUCAACAAAAA